AUGAACGUCGAAUUGGACUUGGCGUACUUGCGGGCUUCGCAUUAUGCUGCGCGGCCCGCGACUCGGGGGCAGCCUCACAUUGAGCUGAAGCUCUUGGCAGUGCUUCCAGGUCAUCAGAGGCGUGGCGUUGGCUCCCUACUUGUGAAGCAAGGUCUCGAGAAGGCGGAUGAGUUGAAGCUGCCGCUGUUUGUGAUCUCAGCACUGCAGGGCAAAGCAUUGUACGAGCACUUUGGCUUCCAGCAUAUAGAGGUCUUGCCGCUCGAUGCUCGAGAGCACGGAGGGCACUCUGAAGCCAGGCAUUGGUCGAUGCUGCGUCCAGCGAACGCUUGA